CCCCUUUUUUUCCCUUAUUUUUUGACAUUCAUAUCCAACCAUGAAGAAUCCGUGUUCUAGGUCUAGAAAAUGCACAAACACGGAGUACCGGGUACGAAGAGUGUACCUAUGUUACGGUACAGCGUCACCAUCUGCGUAUCGAACGCUGCUUUUUCCUUUGUGGAGCCCAGAGCAGCCGGUGCAGCAUUCUGGACGGGCAGCUUGCCGUAAUUCCUGGAACCAGGGUCGAUCCAGAUGUUCUUCAGAGCAAGAAGCCACCAUUCAUAAGGGAGAUGACAAGUUGCCAACGCGUGCCAGACCGUUCCUUGGACUCCGUCUUCCGUUUUCCGUACUCCGUAUACGGGAGUACAUGUUACCGACGGCGGAGUGGGCCAAGGUCCCAUAAAUUUUGAUCGACAGUGACUACUCCGUGGUUAUAGACGCAAAUGUCGGCUGGACUUCAAAUCGCGCCGGGAACACGGAAGAGGGGACAUAUUCCGAGAGUGUCCCGGCACCAAGGUUGUUGUUUGGGGAAGUUAUACAGAUUUCAUACAGCGUACAGAGUAUAAAACUGUCCAAGAAGUGGUGGUGAAGGCCUUUGUCUGGAAUGCGGAGCGAAAAGUACAUAUCAGUUAUCCAGUGUCAAUAAAAUAACUUCUGUGAC